CCAGACGAGGUGGGCUUAAUUCCCCCCACCACUCCCCAGCACCACGUCUGUGCUCUCUGAGGCCGACGCCGACACAUUCCGAGGAAAAUUUUCGUCCCGCUGCUCCCCUCAUCUCUGCCUUGUCUGUAGCCGACCCAUUUUGCUGCGCCCGGGUUGUUGACUUUGAGCAGAUCAUGGCGGAGUACACCUCUUUGCUCAGCGACCUGUCUGAAAACAUAACCAAUGAGGACUUGGAGCAGCUCAAGUCAGCCUGUAAGGAGGACAUCCCUGAAGACCAGAGCAACAACAUCACCUCCUCUAAGGAGUGGUUCAGCUACCUGGAGAAGAACGACAAGCUUGCCCAAGAUAACUUGUCUUACAUCGAGCACAUCUUUGAGAUCUCUCGGCGGCCGGACCUGCUGACCAGGGUGAUAGAGUACCGCACCACUGUGCUCAAGAUCUCCGAGGACGACGAGAUCGACACCAAGCUCACACGUAUCCCCUCCGCCAAGAAAUACAAAGACAUCAUCCGCCAGCCCUCUGAAGAUGAAAUCAUCAAGUUGGCGCCGCCUCCUAAAAAGGCAUGAGGUCAAUGUCCAGAGUCCCAAUCUUGGCACCUUGAUUUCUCCACCUCCGGCACUCAGAUCGUCCAACCAAACAUUUUCCAUCAGCCCUGUUAACCUCGCCCACCUCAGCCUCCCCGACACCACCUCCAGACAUAUACACACACACACACACAUACACACACACACGCCCGCCCCUACCAUCCCCUGCCGCAUCCUUGCCUCCUUAAGUACCACAAAUGACACGAGACCAUGCAAGACGCUGUCUACAACGUCGACCAAUCAGAUCGUAGCGACGCAGCCCCUUCCCCAGCUGAGGGGGGAUGGGAAGUUGCAGGAAAAAGAAAAAAGAAAACAAAAAGACACUUCAAGAUAAAAUUUGGAGAUGGACCAACGUAGUAUGUGUGUGAGGAGAUCACUGAAGUCUGUCCUGGAUGCUGAGUGGGUCAGUUCUGAAUGAGUAUUUCGUGACGUUGCGUGUUCGUGUCGUUUAAAGGUCGUUAAGUAUGAAACAUAAACUAGGCUAACUCAUGAUGAAGCAGAAAUUACAGACCCUGUGUCUGAGCAAAAUAAAAAAAAUUACAAGGCUAUAUUUUAUUCUGAAAUUCUGGAAAAGCCUACAGAACUUGAGAUAUGAAACUAUAUUUGUGGGAAUAAGUGCAGUGAUACGUCACUGCAACUCAUAUUUUGUCUUUGCUAAAGCUAAUUUAUCUAAAUUGAACUUGAUUGUACGACAUAGCCAAACUUUUAAAACCAUAUUAAUAUUUGAGCACUAAAACAACUAAGUGCUUUAGAUCAGGGGUCCCCAAACUCGGUCCUGGAGGGCCGGCCUCCUGCAUGUUUUAGUUCUCUCCUUGGUUUAACGCACCUUCUUAGAAGACCUAAGAAGAACAUUGACAUGUUGAAAAGGUUGUUGGUGCCACCAGGGAGAGAACUAAAACGUGCUGGAUUUGGUGACCGACUUUGGUGACCCCUGCUUUAGAUGAUAGAAAACGGUUUUAGAAGAUAACCACCAGGUAAGGUUCAAUGGUUAAAAAAAAAAAAAUCUUACACAUUGUUGUUUUUUUUCUGUGAAGGUGCUUGUGUUAGCUUGUAGCUAGCUGAAUAAAUAUUCAAGCGUGUUUGUGUUAAGAGGAGUAGUCUAGAUGCCAAACUCACAUCUGUCGAUUAGCCAAGAGUUAGCAUUAGUGCUAAACUUGAACAAAGAUCGAGUCGUAUUUUGCCUCCCUGUUUCUACACAGUAAACUGAGCUAAUCUAUCUUCUUCAAGCUAGCUACAAGGGAGCGUCGAUUUCCUAAUAUCAGAGCAAGGACUCAUGGGAAAAUAUGUCUCAACAAAUCUAGUUGUUCCUUACUACGUCAUUAGACUGGUUAGUUGAAGCUAAAUGCUAAUGUCCAAUUUUAUCAAUGGGAGAGUCUCUGUUCCCCCAAGGCUCUAUGAGCAUUCCCUUCACUCUAACAUGAUUAACGAGGCCAUGUUUCAAGAGCAAGAAACAUGUCGAAUAUUUUAGUGAAACGUAUUUAAAAUUGCCGAUAUUUGCCUUUAGCUUAUAGUCACUUCAGAGGGUUAUUUACAGCAGAUAUUUAGUUAUAGCAUUUAUUUCUUCGCAAUGAAAGAUCCUUUUUUGUAGGGAACUUUCUACUAUUGGGACCAGUCAGAGUGAAUGUUGGUUUUAGGGACAGGUUAGAGAUGUAAAUAAAUAAUAUAUUACAAGAACAUAUAGUAGAAGUAAUUUAACGAUCCACAAUUUAUGCUCUUUUGGGCAAACUCUAGCUCUAGCAAGAACCACAUAUAGGUUCAGUUAGCGUAGCUAGUUUCAAUAAAAGUUCAGCUAAUCCCAAACCAUCUAACAUCUCUUUGUAAGCAAAGUGAAGUUGUAGUACAUUAUCCAUACGUACAUUUUGGGAGAGUUGGACAUUGUAUGUAGCCUGUUUUAAAUAUCUUUGUCGUCGUCGUAUUUGUCGCUCAGAAAACAAUUGACCAGUGUAUUUUGAAAGACUGCUCGAGGCUUCUGAGAGGAAAAAUAAAAUCAGUUUUACGCGAUCAUUCAAAUUCCUUACUCAAAACUUCAGCGGUCCAUAUGAUGCACGCAGCGGCUCAUUAUCGGACUCCGCCAUUUCCGCCAUGCACCGACACGAAAAGAAAAGCUAGCAGACUGUUGAAUCUAAACUUUAAUGACCACUCUUCUGAACACUGUGUAUCUUCUCUCCCCACGACGAAGCCUUAGCAGAGUUUUUGCGUUUACGCCCCCUGAAUUUUUCUUCUUUUCUUCUUUUUUUUUUUUCUCCACAUCUCAGCGUUCAGGCGUGUGAAAAG